GAUGACUGUAUCAGAAAUUGUUUUUCAAGUUUGGAUAUUUGGUGAAUUUAUGUGUAAAAUAACGGGUUAUCUGCAAGGUAUCUAUGUCGGAGCUAGUGUAUUGACAAUCGUCUGCAUGAGUGCUGACAGAUUCGUUGCCAUCCGGUACCCGAUGAAAAAUCGUCAAAUUUUCACAGUAACCAAAACAAAACAGUUGAUAGGGAUCACGUGGUUACUCGCCAUUGCUGUAAUGGUACCGUUAAUUCUCGUGAGAAAAGUCGACCAUUACGACCUAGUGGUGAACGACAUGCCUAUAAGUUACUGUGUUGAACAGUGGCCUAGCCACAAUCAUAGACAAAUAUACGACAUAUUCUUGUUCUGUUUUAUUUACAUCAUACCGGGGACUGUUGUUUUGUUGUUGUAUUCACUCAUCGGGUGCAGAUUGUGGGUGAAAGAUGCACGUCUCGGUAGACAAAACUCUUACAUCACGAACGAGGCUAAAAUGAUGCUAAGCCGUAGACGUUUGGCUUUAAUGAUGAUCAUAAUUUCUAUUUUAUUUGCUAUCUGUUGGCUACCAUACUAUAUCCUGAACAUUUUGAUGGUCUUCAGUAACAGAAUAUCUAAACAGGUCAUACCUCUGUACCCGUUCGCCCUUCUGUUGGGUCAUUCGAACAGCGCACAGAAUCCGAUACUAUAUUGUUUCAUGCAUCGCAAGUUUAAAGAGUGUAUUGUGAGAAUUGUCAAGUGCCAAUGUAGUAAAAUCCGAUUUGAGAGACAGAUUACUAUAUCAAAAGGAUAUUCAAAUCAAAUGAGAGGUGGGGCAGAUGCGCCAUUUUUACCGAAACAAGAUAGUGUACCGCUAGAACAUCAACAGACAUAGAAAAGACUUAAAACCAGAAAUAAUCACGUUGUGAUAUGGACAAAUUUGAUAGUUUAGCUUUUCAACAAAAAAAAAAAGAAAAGAGAAAAAUGUACAAUAAAAAAUUUGAACGCUUAAAAGGCAAUGAAAAACUUGUUUCAAAAGUGGAUAAAAAUACUGUUCAGGUCAUUAUAUGUACAAUAUUGUUUAAUUAGUUUACGCUCACACUUAAUGCGCGUGUAUAGUGCCUCCAGCCCUGUCUGUCAGUCAAUUCCUUCACAUGCGGGGGGGGGGGGGAUAGUUAGCACGUGCGCGCUAUAUCAUAAGGUCUGUCAUUGAGUCAACUGGCGUAGUUUCGGUUCCCCGGUUUUACGUUUCCAAUCUCGUCCGUAUUUCUCCGGGUCCUCCGACUGCUAAAGAUCCCUACGCGCAUGCGAAUUAUUGCAAUAAAAUUGAACCAUGUUAGUCCCGAAAUGACCUAGUUUGUGUCGAGUGGACGUUACCCCCCCCCCCCCCUCUCUCUCUCUUUACCGUUACAAAUUACACGUGAUUUUUCUCUAUACGCAUGCCUGGAUCGAAACCAAGUGUAGCGAUAUGACUAGGUUCCCGAUUUGAAACGGUGCCUUACUUUGUUUAGGUUCUAAAAACGCGGUCUAAACUUUGAGAACCUCACUUUGUCUUGGGCAGUAUAACAGCAACUCUUGGGUUAGUUGUAACGUGUCCUCACAAUGAAUAAGGUUGUAAACACAUAGUGAUUGAGGAUUUGUUAUUUUGCAAUCACAAUUGUAAUCGUUCCUUCGUUCAAGGGGCUUAGCAUCCGCUUCCAACUAAGGUGAUAUCGCAGACAAAUGACAUAUAAUAAAACAUGUAUAGUUAUUCUAAUGACACCGCUGAUUCAUUAUGAGCUUCCAGUCAGUUUCAUAAUCAGGAAUAACUAAUAAAUAAACAUGCUACUGAAAUGAUUAAUUAAAUGUAAUGAACUUUCGUGGUCACCGAACUGUCAACACUCAAUUCCUUGUAGACACAAAGCAUUCUGAGAUAUCACGUUUUUUUUUUAGAAACAAGCGUUAAACAACCACGGUAGUAGCAAGAUCUCUUUUCGGCGGGCGGAUACAUUGAAUUUAGACUUCUUUAAUGUCCCAUGUAGAAAUGAUAAUUAUUACUCUGGGUUUCUGGGUGUAUUUCGUCUGAUUACCAUGGAUAUAAUGAGCGUGUACAAAUAUUAAAAUAUGUAAUCUGUUUCUAAUGGUCUAGGUUAGAACCCAAUUUAAAUGGACCAGAUGAGUUACUAAUUUGAAAGCUAUCGGCUUACGACUUCAUACAAUUUAAUUUACUAAGUUAGUGUACAACAAAAAUAUACGUUGUGUGUUGCACACUAUGAAAGUUCAUACUGAUCCACUGUCGGGCUUGUCUGUGAUGUCAGUCACCAUCAAUGGAAACACGAACAAACGAUUUUUGAACGCCCGAAAGGGUCACCGAACGUUAGGUAGAAUAUAGUCAGAAUAUUGGAAAUAAAGUACAGAAAACAGCUACAGGGAAAUAUUUGGACGAUGGAUAAACAUAAUUUACUGGCAAAAGAAUGUGUUAUGUUUAAUUAUGAAUAACCGGUAUAAAGAGCUUAUAAUGCUCAAGUUGUGAUAUAUUAUUAAUUGUAUAAAGUACAACAGACCGUGUAUAUAUAUCUGGUUGUAUAAUGUAUUUAUUUGAGUGUUCAUAUAGUCAUUUUAGGAUUUUAAGGUUUUUUUGUUAGAACCAGAUUCGCUCAAUAGCGACCUGUCGUAUUCUCGCCAAAUAGUAAUAUAAACCAAAACAUGUGUAAAUUAGAAUGUUGUUGUUUAAAUAUUUUUAACUCGUAUGCAAUAAAUCUUAUAUCAUAAUGUAUAGAGUAACCUGACAUUCCGCCUCCCUUCUAACGAUGCGAAAAUGUCAGUAUUUAUAACAUAUUACUUCCAGUAGCAAUUGAAAGUGCCGUGCAGUAGUAAUUUCCCGUCGUUAUUAGUACUUCGCGUCCCUGCAGAGUUUUUGUAUUUCCGAAAUUGAUCAACCGAAUCAAACUCAAAUUUUACACGGAUUCCACUGUAACUAUAUUUAAUCAAAUCUUGACAAUAUUCCUUACAAGGUAGAACAAUAAUUGCUUCUUUAAAUUACAUUGGCCGUUAAAAUUCCUGUUUGGUGUUUGACUGUCAGGAGAUGACCGGAACAGUGCUUAAUUUUUCCACUCACUCCUGGCUUUCGUGCAUCAAGGUUGCCAUAAAAGAAGCAGGGAAAGGAUAUCACAUUUCGAACUAAAUC